AUGGCGAUGUGGCGGCAAAAGACAAUCUCUCUGCCCGCCUUCAACCGCGGCUGCCACCUCGUCACUCCGCACGUGGUGAAGCAAGUAGAGGCGGACCUUGCAGCUUUCAAGUGCGGCCUGGCGCACAUCUUCAUCCAGCACACGAGUGCGUCGCUGACCAUCAACGAGAACUGUGACAGGGACGUGCGCCACGACAUGGAGACCUACCUCUCCUCGCACGUCCCAGAGGGGCCCAAGGCUCCUUGGCGCCACACGGAUGAAGGCUAUGACGACAUGCCAGCUCACGUCAAGGCGUCACUCUUUGGCAGCUCCGUCACCAUCCCAAUCACGGACGGCCGGCUGAACCUGGGCACGUGGCAGGGCAUCUGGCUGUGCGAGCACAGGGACCAUGGGGGCUCACGCCGCCUCGUUCUCGCAGCUGCGGCAUUCCAUCGUGGCCGGUCGCGAAUAGACUCCUCUGAGGGAAAUGCAGCGGCGGGCUCGGCGGGGGGUAUGGGCGCGGCGAGAGCGCUGUUCGGGCUGUUCGGCGGCGGGAAGGAGAGAGAGCGCGAGAAGAAGCAGAAGGAGGCUUCUAUGGCGGCGCACGCCGAUGUGCCGGUUCCUUUCAGCGCUGACCUUCUCGCGGGAACCUUCCUGGAAGCACCCAUCCAAAAGUCAUCAACUGCACCCCUCCCUUCACUCUCCGAGCGUUCUAUACCCCGCAUCCCUCUCCGUCCGCCCUCCCCCAACCCGCCAGGCCGCGAGCUCGCGUGCUGCUACCGCGCAACGCAGGACGGCUUCUCCGCGUCCUCCUUCCACGCGCGCAGCGACUUCAAAGGCCCCGUCGUCGUCGUCGCGCUCGCGCCCUCCCCGUCCGCAUCUGCCUCCGCGCCGCUCGGAUCGUGGCUGCGCUUCGGCGCGUUCAACCCGGACGGCUACCGCAGCACAGACGACUAUUUCGACUCCUUCGACGCGUUUCUCUUCUACUGGCCCGACGCGCCCGCGUCGCCACCCUUCGCACCCGUCUCCACCGCAGAAACCGACGCUCCCGCUCCUUCCGCUGCCGCGACCCCAGGAAAAACCCCACUCAAAUGCACGUGGGGGGAGGGCGAGUGGGGCAUGCCGGAGCUUCUACGCAAAGUAGGAGGCAGCGGCGCGGCGGUAUUCGACUACGCACGUGGCGGCCCGCAGUUUGGCGCGGACGGGCUGCUGAUUGGCCCGCCGCUCACGCCCGUCAUGGGGGGCCUUGCUGGGCCGGACUCCAACUCGGGCGUGGGGGAUCUGAGCACGGCGCGGUCGCGGCUGGGGCUGUCGUAUGAGAAGCGGCGGGACGGGGAGGACUCGGUGUUUGGGGAAGGGAGGGAGGUGAAGGUGGCGGAGGUGCUGGUGUUCUUCAGCCCCGAGAUUGCCCGCUUGUAUUGA